CUUCCAGUCCACCUCCCUCCUGACCUCCGUCAGGUUACAGUUCCUGGCUGGAUGUUUCCUGGUCUAGGGACUGUGGGCACCGGGGACUGAAGGGAGAGAAUGUCCAGCUACACCACUACCAGGACGGUGUUAACGCAGCCAAGCGGAGCCUGCAGAUGGACAUCCAGACAGCCGUGCAUAAGAUCUACCAGCAGCUGUCUGUCACUCUGGAGAGAGCCCUGCAGGCCAACAAGCAUCACAUAGAGGCCCAGCAGCGCCUCCUGCUGGUGACAGUGUUUGCCCUGAGCGUGCGUUACCAGUCUGUGGACGUGUCCCUGGCCAUAUCCAGUGGCCUCCUCAAUGUGCUGUCACAGCUGUGUGGCACAGAAACCCUGCUGGGACAACCACUCCAGCUGCUACAGAAACCAGGGGUGUCUCAGCUCAGCACUGCCCUGAAGGUGGCCUCCACACGACUACUGCAGAUACUGGCCAUCAGCACCGGGACGUACGCAGACAAGCUAGGACCCAAGGUGGUCCAGUCCCUGUUGGACUUGCUGUGUAGCCAGCUGAAGAACCUUCUGUCCCAGGCAGGAGUCAGCCUGCUCACUGCCGACCCGGGGAAGAACCAGGAGAACCAGGACAAGAAGUCUGAGGAUGGAGCCGACCCAGAGAAGACAGACUUCAGAGCCUUGGUGCGUAAGCAGCACACAGCAGAGCUUCACCUGGGAGACUUCCUGGUGUUCCUGAGGCGAGUCGUCUCCUCCAAGGCCAUCCAAUCCAAGAUGUCUUCUCCAAAGUGGACAGAGGUGCUGCUCAACAUCGCUGCACAGAAAUGCUGCUCAGGAGUCCCUCUGGUGGGCAACCUGAGAACUCGUCUCCUGGCCCUUCAUGUUCUGGAGGCUGUGCUGCCUGCCUGCGAGGCCAGUGUAGAGAACGACCAGAUGACACAGGUACUGGAGCUGUAUGCAGAGUGAAGCCUCUCAAAAUUG